AUGAGCAAAUUUGCUCCUGGAACACCUAUGGAUGCUAAUAUGAAGUUGACAUCAAGACAAUAUUAUGAACAUACUGGACAAAAUCAGGAGGAGCUUCUAACAGAUAAAAUCACUUAUCAAAAGUUGAUUGGGAAGUUGCUAUAUCUCAACAUGACAAGGCUUGGCAUUUCUUUUAGUGUACAAACACUAAGUUACUUCCUACAUCAACCAAAAAAGUCCCAUAUUGAUGCAGCACUGAGAGUUAUUAAGUACAUAAAAAGGCAAUCAGGUCAAGGUAUACUACUGUCCAGUGAUUGUAGAAAUGAAGUUACAGCUUUCUGUGAUGCAGAUUGGGUUGCAUGUACUCUUACCAGGAAGUCUGUAAUUGGAUAUGUGAUUAAGUUUGGGAACUCCUUGAUAUAUUGGAAAGCUAAGAACCAAACCAUUGUGUCAAGAAGCUCCGUUGAGGCCAAGUAUAGAAGCAUAGCUUCAAAUGUGACAGAAUUGAUUUGGUUGAUAGGUUUGCUGAAAGAUUUGAAGGCUGAAGUACACUGA